AUGGCCAAUGUGACAUCCAGCGCUAAUUCGGUGGCUAUUCAGGGAGAGUAUAACUACCUGGCAUUAGUGUGUGGAGUGCCCCUCAUCCUGAUCAUCAUUCUUGGGAACGUCCUGGUUUGCCUUAGUGUGCUCACAGAACGGUCUCUCAAAACCGCCACCAACUACUUCAUUGUCAGCCUGGCUGUGGCUGACCUUCUCCUGGCUAUGCUGGUUCUGCCUCUGUAUGUGUACUCUGAGUUUCUGGGAGGAGUCUGGACUUUGAGCACAUAUAUCUGUGAUGCCCUUAUGACCAUGGAUGUAAUGCUCUGCACGGCCUCCAUCUUGAAUCUGUGUGCUAUCAGCAUAGAUAGGUAUAUAGCCGUGGUGGUUCCUCUGAAAUAUAACAGGAAUCAAUUCAGCAUGCGCCAACUGGCCUUGAUUGCAGCUACCUGGGUGUUGUCUUUGGGUGUGGCUAGUCCAGUUAUAUUUGGGCUGAACCAGGUGCCUAACAGGGACCCCCAUGUGUGCAAGUUGGAGAACGACCAUUUUGUGGUCUAUUCCUCUGUCUGUUCGUUCUUCGUGCCCUGCCCUGUGAUGCUCUUCCUCUACUACUGGAUGUUCAGGGGCUUGAAGCGUUGGAGCUCAGGCCGGAGCCGCUCUCACCUCAGCAGGGCCCAGAGGAGCCACCAAAGCCUCUCCCUGCGCCUGGGGGCAGCCCUGCAAAGGGAAAAGGGAACAUCGAGGGAGAAGGUGGUAUACCUCAUGCCAGGGGGACUCAGCCCAUCCUCUUUGCCUCCCACCCCAGCAACCCCAACGAGCCCAGUCACCUUAGCGUCCGACGAGCACUUUGAGGGUCAAAUUCCAGCAGCCGAAAGUGAUCCGAUGACGACACAGAUGGACAGUGUGUCGGACGCCGAGAAUGCAGAAAGACACCAGGAAAGCAGCAGUACUAGGGAGAAUGGGCUGGAGAAAGGUCACGGAUCUCGCAGGACAAGGCGGCACAGUAAGAGCAGUAGAGUGAGCGGACGAGAACGCAAAGCUAUGAAGGUGUUACCCGUGGUCGUGGGUGUGUUCCUGGCCUGCUGGACACCAUUCUUUGUUGUGCACGUAACGAAGGUUCUCUGUGUGUCUUGUAAUAUUGGACCAACUCUGAUAAGUGUGGUGACAUGGCUCGGUUACGUCAACAGUGCCGUGAAUCCUAUCAUUUACACCGCCUUUAACGUAGAAUUCAGGAAUGUCUUUCACAAACUACUCUUCUGUCGCACAUAA